AUUGUUUAGCUCAUAAUUAUACAAAUAUAAUUAGCCCUCUUUCGGUUUGCAUGCGACUACUUGUACUAUACAGAAAAAUAAUUUAGAAUGCCAAUAAAUUGUCAAUUUAAUUUGUUGCGCUCAGCGCUUGUUUACUACACUGGCGAACAAAUUUCGGGCUCACUCACCCUCCUGGUUAGCAAAAAGGCCGUCUCACUGGAAGCCAUCAACAUUACAUUGCUCGGUCAAAGCAGCACAAAUUGGAGUGAGCGUGCUAUUCUUAAACAGCCCCAAAUCGAACAUAAUGAUAGCGCCCACGAUGCCAAGCCCCUCAGACUGAACUACACAGGCCACAAAGUACACAUUAGGGAGACACAAAAGCUGGCCGGAGCUUUGGUGCUGCUGCCAGGAAACACACAAUUGGGAAGCUUUCAGUUCCAAUUGCCUCACACACUGCCCGCCACAUGCCAAUUGCCGUACGGUUCCAUCAACUAUACGCUUCAGGUGGAGCUCGAAAGGCGUGGAAAAUACGUCAAGUGCUUCAAACAACGACUGAUCGUUAGGAAGUGCGUGGAAUUCCGGAGCCUUCGACCUCUACAGAGCACAACUCCCACUCUUUCGCUGCAAUUAGAACGCUCUGUGUUUGUGCCGGGACAAGGUGUGGCCUAUAAAUUAAUUCCCAAGCGGUUGCACAGCCAUGGUUACUUGAAUAUACGGCUCUGUCAAGGCAUCACCUAUCGGAGCCACACACCGGAGGCGAAGAUCAAGCGCGUCCUUCGUGUGCUGGACGAGAGCUCUGAAAUAGACGGUGCUUUGCAAUUGCCAUUGACAGCGCCCAUUAUGAGUGAUACGGCAGACCAGGACCUCAUCGAGAUCAGCUAUUAUUUGGAAGCUCUCGAUGAUAUCGAAUCGAUCAGGUUGCCGCUUUGCGUGGGGACUGUGGCGCCUCCCAUGGAAACGGAUCCGCUCGCCCAUGUCGAUUCUCAGCCCCUUUGUUUUGUCAACCUUGCCACUACUGCGCUGAGCCAAAACGAGCUGUUCGCUCCAUUCAAUCAGUUAAUGCCGCACAGCUGUUCCAGAGAAGCCAACGCCUUCGGUAUCAGCAGGCAAUGCGAUCGCCUCAAAUUACUGAAGCAUCAGAAGAAGCAGUCGUAUGUCAAGUGGGCUCUGCAUUAUUUUUAUAAAAAUAUGCUGCCCUAAGUGUAUUAAGUAGCCGAUGAUUACGCUAUUGACCUAUAUCUGAUUUACAUGGGCGGUUUUUUCAUUUGCAUGAAAGCUGGCAAGUGCAGUAUUUUUUCGAGAGAAAUUGCUAAAAAAAAAACCGGAUAAAAAGCGCUGGCAUAACACUGUUACUACUUGAUUGUAAUUCAAGUUAACUGCGCAUUGUUGUCUUAAAGUAAAUGAUUUCCAUUGUGCAUAUGUAAUAGAAAAGGCCAAGCAGAAUAUUUAAUUUUAAUGGAACCUUUUAAAUGGCAUGCAAAGAAUUUAAUGGUUGGAGUUCGUAUAUAAGCUCAAAAGUAUGAGCUAAGCUCCACAUUUUUUAUAAACAGAUGUUAUAAUAUAAGUAAUAUAUAAUAUACUGAAACAUUUAAAUGCUUUACAGAACUAUCAGUAUUUUUGA